AUGGCGACACGGAGCAGCAGGAGGGAGUCGCGACUCCCCUUCCUCUUCGUCCUGAUCGCGCUGCUGCCCCCCGGGGCUGUCGGCCAGAUCUGGCCGCAGACGCUGACCGGCGGCCGCGCGCCUGGGCCCCAGGACCGGGGCUUCCUCGUGGUGCGGGGCGACCCGCUCGAGCUGCGGCUGGGGGCGCGCGGGGCGCCCCGGGGGGCGGACGAGAAGCCGCUCCGGAGGAGACGGAGUGCUGCUCUGCAGCAGGAGCCCAUCCAGGUGUACGGACAGGUUAGUCUCAAUGAUUCCCACAAUCAGAUGGUGGUCCACUGGGCCGGAGAGAAGAGCAACGUCAUCGUGGCCUUGGCCCGGGACAGCCUGGCACUGGCGAAGCCCAAGAGCAGUGACGCAUACGUGUCCUACGACUACGGAAGGUCGUUCAAGAGAAUCUCAGAGAAGCUGAACUUUGGGGAGGGGAACAGCAGUGAAGCUGUGGUUGCCCAGUUCUACCACAGCCCCGCAGACAACAAGCGCUACAUUUUCACAGAUGCUUAUGCCCAGUACCUCUGGACCACGUUUGACUUCUGCAACACCAUUCAAGGCUUCUCCAUCCCAUUCCGGGCAGCCGACCUCCUACUGCACAACAAGGCCUCCAACCUUCUCCUGGGCUUUGACAGGUCUCACCCCAACAAGCAGCUAUGGAAAUCAGAUGACUUUGGCCAGACUUGGAUAAUGAUUCAGGAACAUGUGAAGUCCGUUUCCUGGGGUAUCGAUCCCUACGACAAGCCAAACACCAUCUACGUGGAACGGCACGAGCCCUCUGGCUAUUCCACAGUUUUCCGAAGCACAGACUUCUUCCAGUCUCGGGAGAACCUGGAGGUGAUCCUGGAGGGAGUGAGGGACUUCCAGCUGCGGGACAAGUACAUGUUUGCCACAAAGGUGGUGCAUCUCUUCGGCAGUCCACAACCAUCCUCUGUCCAGCUCUGGGUCUCCUUUGGCCGGAAGCCCAUGCGAGCAGCCCAGUUUGUCACAAGACAUCCUAUUAAUGAAUAUUACAUCGCCGACGCCUCCGAGGACCAGGUGUUCGUGUGUGUAAGCCACAGUAACAACCGCACCAACCUGUAUAUCUCGGAGGCAGACGGGCUGAAGUUCUCACUGUCCUUGGAGAAUGUGCUCUAUUACAGCCCAGCGGGGGCAGGCAGUGACACCUUGGUGAGGUAUUUUGCCAGUGAGCCAUUUGCUGACUUCCAUCGAGUGGAGGGCUUACAGGGGGUCUACAUCGCCACGCUCAUCAGUGGCUCCAUGAAUGAGGAGAACAUGAGAUCUGUUAUCACCUUUGACAAAGGCGGGACCUGGGAAUUCCUUCAGGCCCCAGCCUUCACCGAAUAUGGAGAGAAGAUCAAUUGUGAGCUCUCCCAGGGCUGCUCCCUCCACCUGGCCCAGCGGCUCAGCCAGCUGCUGAGCCUCCAGCUUCGGAGGAUGCCCAUCCUGUCCAAGGAGUCAGCGCCCGGGCUCAUCAUUGCCACUGGUUCGGUGGGGAAGAACCUGGCAAGCAAGACCAACGUGUAUAUCUCCAGCAGUGCUGGAGCCCGGUGGCGAGAGGCUCUUUCCGGACCUCACUACUACACAUGGGGGGACCAUGGCGGCAUCAUCAUGGCUAUCGCCCAGGGCGUGGAAACCAACGAGCUGAAGUACAGCACCAAUGAAGGGGAGACCUGGACCACGUUUGUCUUCUCGGAGAAACCUGUGUUUGUGUAUGGGCUCCUUACGGAACCUGGUGAGAAGAGUACUGUCUUCACCAUCUUCGGCUCCAACAAGGAGAACAUCCACAGCUGGCUGAUCCUCCAGGUCAAUGCCACAAAUGCCUUGGGGGUCCCCUGCACGGAGAACGACUACAAGCUAUGGUCCCCAUCUGAUGAGCGGGGCAACGAGUGUCUGCUGGGGCACAAGACUGUCUUCAAGCGGAGGACCCCCCACGCCACGUGCUUUAACGGAGAAGACUUUGACCGGCCGGUGGUCGUAUCCAACUGCUCCUGCACCCGCGAGGACUAUGAAUGUGACUUCGGCUUCAAGAUGAGUGAAGAUCUGUCGCUGGAGGUUUGUGUUCCAGAUCCGGAGUUUUCUGGGAAUUCAUACGCCCCUCCCGUGCCUUGUCCCGUGGGUUCUACUUACAGGAGAACCAGAGGCUAUCGGAAGAUUUCUGGGGACACCUGCAGUGGAGGAGAUGUCGAAAUGCGCCUGGAAGGAGAGCUGGUGCCGUGCCCCUUGGCAGAGGAGAACGAGUUCAUCUUGUACGCCAUGCGCAAGUCCAUCUAUCGCUACGACCUGGCCUCGGGGGCCACCGAGCAGCUGCCCCUCAGCGGGCUGCGGUCAGCGGUGGCUCUGGACUUCGACUAUGAGCGCAACUGCUUGUACUGGUCUGACCUGGCCUUGGACGUCAUCCAGCGCCUCUGUUUGAAUGGGAGUUCGGGGCAGGAGGUGAUCUUCAAUUCUGGCCUGGAGACAGUAGAAGCCUUGGCUUUUGAACCCCUCAGCCAGUUACUUUACUGGGUGGAUUCUGGCUUCAAAAAGAUUGAGGUGGGGCAUCCAGACGGUGACUUCCGCCUCACCAUUGUCAAUGCCUCUGUGGUUGAUCGACCCAGGGCUCUGGUCCUCGUGCCGCAAGAUGGGGUGAUGUUCUGGACCGACUGGGGGGACCUGAGGCCUGGCAUUUACCGGAGCAACAUGGAUGGUUCAGCUGCCUACCGCCUUGUAUCAGAGGAUGUGAAGUGGCCCAACGGCAUCGCCGUGGAUGAGCAGUGGAUCUACUGGACGGAUGCCUACCUGGACUGCAUUGAGCGGAUCACUUUCAGCGGCCAGCAGCGUUCCGUCAUCCUGGACAACCUCCCGCACCCCUACGCUAUUGCUGUCUUUAAGAAUGAGAUUUACUGGGAUGACUGGUCACAGCUCAGCAUCUUCCGAGCUUCCAAGUACAGCGGGUCCGACAUGGCCAUUCUGGCGAGCCGGCUUACAGGGCCCAUGGACUUGAAGAUUUUCUACCGGGGCAAGACAACUGGAAGCAACGCCUGUGCAUCCCGGCCUUGCAGCCUGCUGUGCCUGCCCAAGGCCAACGGCAGCAGGAGCUGCCGGUGUCCAGACGGCGUGUCCAGCAGUGUCCUCCCGUCCGGGGACCUGAUGUGCGAGUGCCCUCACGGCUACCAGCUGAAGAACCACACGUGUGUCAAAGAAGAGAACACCUGUCUCCGCAACCAGUAUCGGUGCAACAACGGGAAGUGUAUCAACAGCAUCUGGUGGUGUGAUUUUGACAAUGACUGCGGAGACAUGAGCGACGAGAGAAACUGCCCAACCACCGUCUGUGAUCUGGACACCCAGUUCCGCUGCCAUGAGUCUGGGACCUGUAUCCCCCUCUCCUACAAGUGUGACCUUGAGGAUGACUGUGGCGACAACAGCGAUGAAAGUCACUGUGAAAUGCACCAGUGUCGGGGCGACGAAUACAGCUGCAGCUCUGGCAUGUGCAUCCGCUCCUCCUGGGUGUGCGAUGGGGAUAACGACUGCAGGGACUGGUCUGAUGAAGCCAACUGUACUGCCAUCUAUCACACCUGUGAGGCCUCCAACUUCCAGUGUCGAAACGGGCACUGCAUCCCCCAGCGCUGGGCAUGUGAUGGUGACAUGGAUUGCCAAGACGGCUCUGACGAGGAUCCGGACAACUGUGAGAAGAAAUGCAAUGGGUUCCGCUGCCCGAACGGCACCUGCAUCCCAUCCAGCAAACACUGCGACGGUCUGCACGACUGCUCGGACGGCUCGGACGAACAGCACUGCGAACCCCUGUGUACUCGCCUCAUGGACUUCGUGUGUAAGAACCGCCAGCAGUGCCUCUUCCAGUCCAUGGUGUGUGACGGCAUCAUCCAGUGCCGGGAUGGCUCCGACGAGGACCCGGAGUUCGCAGGAUGCUCCCGAGACCCCGAGUUCCACAAGGUGUGUGACGAGUUCAGCUUCCAGUGUCAGAACGGAGUAUGCAUCAGUUUGAUCUGGAAGUGUGAUGGGAUGGAUGACUGUGGCGAUGACUCCGACGAAGCCAACUGUGAAAACCCCACCGAGGCCCCCGCCUGCUCCCGCUACUUCCAGUUCCAGUGCGAGAAUGGGCACUGCAUCCCCAACAGGUGGAAAUGCGACCGGGAGAACGACUGCGGGGACUGGUCUGAUGAGAAGGACUGCGGAGAUUCACAUGUUCUUCCCACCCCGACUCCCGGGCCCUCCACGUGUCUGCCCAAUUACUAUCGCUGUAGCAGUGGGGCCUGCGUGAUGGACAGCUGGGUGUGCGACGGAUAUCGAGACUGUGUAGACGGCUCGGACGAGGAGGCCUGCCCCUCGCCUGCCAGUGUGACUGCUGCCUCCACUCCCACCCAGCUCGGGCGGUGCGACCGGUUUGAGUUCGAGUGCCGCCAGCCGAAGAAGUGUAUCCCCAACUGGAGGCGCUGUGAUGGCCACCGGGAUUGCCAGGAUGGCCAGGACGAGGCCAACUGCCCCACGCACAGCACCCUGACCUGCACGGCCCUAGAGUUCCAAUGCCAGGACGGUGAGGCCUGCAUCAUGCUCUCCGAGCGCUGCGAUGGCUUCCUGGACUGCUCGGACGAGAGCGACGAACGUGCCUGCAGUGAGGAAUUAAAUGUAUACAAAAUACAGAAUCUUCAAUGGACAGCGGACUUCUCUGGGGAUGUAACUUUGACAUGGAUACGGCCCAAGAAGAUGCCCUCUGCUUCUUGUGUGUAUAACGUCUACUACAGGGUGGUUGGAGAGAGCAUAUGGAAUACUCUGGAGACCCAUAGCAAUAAAACGAGCACAGUAUUGAAAGUCCUGAAGCCAGACACCACAUAUCAGGUCAAAGUCCAGGUCCAGUGUCUGAGCAAGGUGCACAGUACCAACGACUUCGUGACCCUGAGGACUCCCGAAGGAUUGCCAGACGCUCCCCAGAACCUCCAGCUGUCACUCCACAGGGAAGUAGAAGGCGUGAUCAUGGGCCACUGGGCCCCUCCCGUCCACACCCAUGGCCUCAUUCGGGAGUACAUUGUAGAAUACAGCAGGAGUGGUUCCAAGAUGUGGGCCUCCCAGAGAGCUCUUAGCAACUUUACAGAAAUAAGGAGCCUGCUGGUCAACACUCAGUACACGGUCAGAGUGGCUGCGGUGACCAGUCGUGGAAUAGGAAAUUGGAGCGAUUCUAAAUCCAUUACCACCAUAAAAGGACAAGUGAUCCCACCACCAGACAUCCGCAUUGACAGCUACGGUGAAAAUUUCCUAAGCUUUACCCUCUCCAUGGACACGGACAUCAAGGUGAAUGGCUAUGUGGUGAACCUCUUCUGGUCAUUUGACACCCACAGACAGGAGAAGAGAACGCUGAACUUCCGAGGGACCGUCUUGUCACAGAAAGUUGGCAACCUGACAGCUCAGACGCCCUACGAGAUUUCUGCUUGGGCCAAGACCGACCUGGGGGACAGUCCUCUGGCAUUCAAGCGUGUCACAACCAGAGGUGUCCGCCCACCCGCCCCGAGCCUCAAAGCCAAGGCCAUCAAUCAGACGGCAGUGGAAUGCACCUGGACGGGCCCCAGGAAUGUGGUUUACGGUAUUUUCUAUGCCACGUCCUUUCUUGACCUCUAUCGCAACCCCAGGAGCUUGGCUACUUCGCAGCACAACAGAACAGUCCUUGUUGGUGGGGACGAGCAAUAUUUGUUUCUGGUCCGGGUGGUGGUGCCUUACCAGGGGCCCUCCUCUGACUAUGUUGUGGUGAGGAUGAUCCCAGAUAGCAGGCUUCCUCCCCGUCACCUGCACGUGGUGCACAUGGGCAAAACCUCUGCUGUUAUCAAGUGGGAAUCCCCGUACGAUUCUCCGGACCAGGACCUGUUAUAUGCAAUUGCAGUUAAAGAUCUAAUAAGAAAGAGUGAGAGGAGCUACAAGGUGAAAUCUCGCAACAGUACCGUGGAAUACACGCUGAACAAGUUGGAGCCUGGAGGGAAAUAUCACAUCAUUGUCCAGCUGGGGAACAUGAGCAAAGACUCCAGUAUCAAAAUUACCACGGUUUCAUUAUUAGCACCUGAUGCCUUAAAAAUCAUAACAGAAAAUGACCACGUCCUUCUGUUUUGGAAAAGCCUAGCUUUGAAAGAAAAGUAUUUUAAUGAAAGCAGGGGCUACGAGAUACACAUGUUUGAUAGUGUCAUGAAUAUCUCAGCUUACCUUGGAAAUACUACUGACAAUUUCUUUAAAAUUUCCAACCUGAAAUUGGGUCAUAAUUAUACUUUCACUGUCCAAGCCCGAUGUCUUUUCGGCAGCCAGAUCUGUGGGGAGCCUGCAGUCCUGCUUUAUGAUGAGUUGGGGUCUGGUGGCGCUGCGUCAGUGAUCCAGGCCGCCAGAUCUACCGAUGUCGCUGCCGUGGUGGUCCCCAUCCUGUUCCUGAUCCUGCUGAGCCUGGGCGUCGGCUUUGCCGUCCUGUACGCAAAGCACCGGAGGCUACAGAGCAGCUUCACGGCUUUUGCCAACAGCCACUACAGCUCCAGGCUGGGCUCGGCCAUCUUCUCCUCGGGGGAUGACCUGGGGGAGGACGAUGAAGAUGCUCCGAUGAUAACUGGAUUUUCUGACGACGUCCCCAUGGUGAUAGCCUGA